UGCUCCUCAGGCUGCUGCAAAAACGAAUCAAUCAACGAGUUCAUCUUCAACCACGCCCUCUCAAAAGGCCUCUAUAGUGAUAUCACCAUCAUCGCCUUCGACAAUAAAUACCACCUACACAAACUAUUUCUAUCUCGCUCUCGCUACUUUAAUAACCUCUUUCAUGGUCAUUGGAAUGACUCAAAAAUAUCAACUCACACUUUUGAUUUCUCCUUUGACCCUAACAUCACUGAAGACUCAUUUUCCUUAGCAAUCAGCAGGCUCUACGGAUUUAUCGACAUCAACCACGAAAGACAACUCCCAACAAACAUGAUCGCCAUUGGAAACUAUUUAGAUAUCCCAGAAUUAGUUUGCUCCGCUACUGAAUUCAUAAUCGACAAUCUAACCUUCUCAAACUUCAAACCUUUUCUCGAUUUCGUUAAAACUUCAAAAUACGCCCUGGCAAAUGAAAAAAUUAAAGACAGCAUAAGAGGUUUAUUGUCAAUAGAUGGCUGGCAAAAUGGUGUAGCCAAAUGGGAUUCGGUUCCUGCUGACAUUAUCUCAGAUGUCAUCUCCAGUGAUACCUUCUUUGUUCCCAACGAAUGGGAAAGAUGCUCCUUUCUUAUAAAAUUAAUCGAUAGAAGACUAAGAUUCCUUAGAAACCUAAAUAAUAAUAAUAAUAAUAAUAAUAAUAAUAAUAAUAAUAAUAACCAUACAAACCCUGACCCUCUUUAUAGCUCGUCCAUAUCUUCCACUACUCUUUCUCCAAAACCCAACAAAGAAAUCCGGAUUUUGAAAAAUACGUUAAACCAUAAAAUCCACUACGUCAAUUUGCUUCCUGAGCAGCUAUUAGAAUUAAAAAACUUAAAAGACAUCAACAACCACAAUUACAUCACUUCAAACUGCUUGAAAGAUGCCUUGUGGAUGCAAUUCGAUCUACAAAACACAAUAUCAAAAACUAAAGAAACCCAAAAUACCUUAGGAAUCACUUUGAAUGACGACAACCCACUAUCAGACCAACAACAAAAUACCUAUAAAUAUCCAAUCAGUGAUAAUAACUGCAACGGUUAUCCAAAGGCUUUGGAGAAAAAUAUCUAUAUCAUUAAAGAUAAAAAGAAAAAUAACAAUCCUUCCGAUUCAAAACAAAAUAAUCCUUCCAAGCAAAAAAUAGACAACAACAGUCCUAGAUUAAAAUUCGAAACUUCAAAAUACCCUCCUUUAAGAUUCUCAGUUGCUUUUACAAAUGUAAACGAUCUAGAGCCCGCCAAAAGAUUAUAUGCUAAAAUAUUUUGGUAUGCUGGCUCAUAUUGGAACAUAUACAUUCAAAAAUCCAUUGAAAAUAAAUCUGGCUCAUCUCAUCAACACCCCACUUCUCAAUUGGGAAUUUAUCUUCAAAAAGUCAAAAUUGACGAAAAAGCCAGAAGUGGCAAUUCAGAAACUGCUGUAAAUAAUAUAUGUUCUCGGAAUUUGAGCUCAGUUACAAUAACAAAACAAAAAGAAGCAUUAUUGACAAAAUCUCCUUCAUUAACAAAUUUAACAAAUACUUUGAAUGAUUUUUCUAAUCUUGGCUAUUUGCUGCCGGAUAAUAAUGAAUCAGAUUUGAACUGUAACAACACAUCCAGAAAUUCAACAAUAUGCACUUACACAGAUAAAAGAGAAAAAAUUUCAACUUACUUUGUUAUUUAUUCUUCUCGAAAAAUUAAAAAUUCAUUUAAUGCCUUUGUGAGUGGACCAGUUUCAUUUUCCUCUGGUCAAAGUUGGGGUUGGAAAAGUACUAACAUUUACAGUUUUGAUCAAAAUAGUAUCAAAAAAAGAAGUCAAAGUAAAUUAAUCAAAUUUAGUGUUGUGAUUGGU